GAUGCACGUUCUCACAUUUAUACCAUAUGAUUAUGAGUGAUUCACAAAUUCAUGACAUUUGAUGCGAGUUUCCGCAAACAGUUUAUUUGUAUAUUUUUCUGUUACCCUAAUCUUGAAGCCAAGUAAAGUGAAUAACAAGCUUGUGAUAACUGUGGAAGCAGCGUAAACAAACGGUAUCUAUAAAAAGUCUGUGUAUUUUUUACAAACGUAGAUAUUCGUGGCAUGCGUCACGGUAUGUCACAAAAUCACCGUUCAUUUGCCAAAUUUGCCAUAUUCCGCUAAAAAAAACUGCAUUUGAAUUUCCGUCACAAACUCGUUCAUUUACAGGAAAAUUCUGGGCACUCGGCAGUUUCAUUUUACAGCAACAUGAACAAUUCAGAAAAAGUGAAAGAGUUCUAUUCAAACGAUGUAGUGUACAGAUUCAAUAAGCACAAGCGAAUGGUUUUCGGUGUAGUCGUGGAUAGUUACGAGGCCUCUUCAGAUGUCGACGAAAAUAACGCGUUGCAAAAGGGCCAGAUCAGAGUCAUGUGGAACAACAGCUCUAGAGAGCAGGUUUGGAGACAGCAAAAGGUGAGACUGAUGAACAGAAGCAUCGUGCCUGGGGACAUCGUCAGGCGAUUGGAAAAAGGCAAGGAGACUCAGAGAGGAUAUUGCAAGGAAGUCAAACAGAUUGCCACCGUACAGAUCGUAGGCACUGAUAAAAUCAUCGAACACGUGUCCAGCGAAAGGCUGCAAAGUGUCAGACCUUUCGAAAUUGAUGAUGCUGUCUGUUUAGGAAACAAAUUCGGACGGAUUGAGGCUGUGGAGCAAAUGGUCUGUAUGCAAUCAGAAUGUGGUUCUUUGGUUCACGUUCUUACCAGCAUCAACCAUGAGCUGAACGAUUAUUGGUUAUCGAAACGUAACAGAAUCUCAUUAUAUGCUUAUUAUCCAGGCCAAGAAUUGAUCUGUGUACCUGCUAACUUUGAGCAACCUCACUGGAUUAAAAAAUCCAAAACCAUGAAACGGAAUAUCCACACCAGGCAGAGAUUCACAGUUCAAAGUGUCGAGGACGUUUUGCUAGAAGUUUCUUGGUAUUCAAAUUCCUCAGUAGCGUACUCGGAAAUAUCGCAAGACGACAUAAAAAAGUUGAAAGUUUUGGAACAUCCAAGCGAUUCCUGUUUAGAACUAGCCGAGAGGAAAUUGUUGAAAUUAUCGGCCAGCGAUGUGCUGCUCAAAAAGAAAGACUGGAUAAAGAAACUGUCGAUCUCGUACAGACCCGAGGCUACAAAAAAUCGUCAUGUCGUUAGCUGUGGUUCGAAGAUCAUGCCGCGAGUGCCUAAAAUCCGAAGUUCGUCGUUCGUGUAUCCGAUAGAAAGCGCCCGAGACAGCAACACAGUGGAGGAUGAUGAAGAAUGGUGGACCGAAGAAGGAGAAGAGUCGGAUGAUAACGGUAGCUCGUCCUCGAGAAAUACGUCAGUGUCAAAGUCGAGAAAAAGGCAUUAUCCCCCAAGGCCCAGAGAGCUGGUCCCUGGGCAUACUUUGCCCGUUGAGAUCAUCUGCGUUGAAUCGAAAAUUACAGUGGUCUGGCAAGAUGGUACUGAAGAAAAAGACAUUCCUUCCAUUCAGUUGUACUAUUCGAUCUCCCUGGAUGAUCACGAGUUUUUUCCCGGAGAAUGGGUGGACUAUGAUGAUUUCAAAGGGGAUAAAACGGUGCAUGGGGUGAUACAAAGUGUCAAUUAUUUAGAGAGGACCGCUUGUGUGAAAUGGUUUGCGUACGAGGAGAAUCAGAAAAAGCCGACAAAAUCUGUGAUAAAAGAACAUAGUGUGUACGAAUUGAGGAAGCACUCUAAAUUCGUUUUCCGUCCUGGUAGCAUAGUUAAGGCUAAGCCGGCGCAAGAUGAAAAAAUGGGCAAAGUUAUUGAUAGCUGUGUCGAGGGGUACGUGAAAGUUCAGUGGUUGAAUGGAACUUUAGAAAAUUGUUGGCCGACCGAUAUCGAGCUGAUUCCGGAUAGCGCAGAUUACGAUGCUUCCGAUGAUGAUUCUUCCGAAGACGAAGCAGCUGCGGUGUCAUGGGAAACAGAAAGCAUUGAAUCAUAUGCAGGCGAUCUUUCCGAUGAGACGGUUUUGCAGAAUAUGGCGGCGAGGCUGGAUUUUGUCAGGAACAAAAUUAUUUAUUUGAAAGAGGCCUUCAAGCGGCAUACAAUCACGGAAAAUCUGACGUAUCUGAAAGAGCUCCUUGUGGUAUAUGAAAAUUCCAGCUACUUGGACAAACUUUUGGGCACUUCUUUCUUCAGUUUGAAAAGCAAGCAUUUUCAGGCGUUGCUGACGCAAGCCAAGGAAAAGGCAAAGUUGUUAGGCGUCGAACUGAGAGGAAGAUUGUUCUCCAGCGAUAAUCUCUGUCCGAUGGUACCCAAAAUAAAGGUUGCAGAAAAGGAAAAUAUCGCGAAGAUGAUCCGGCUAGAAAAUAAGAUCAACGCUCAAAUAGAAAAGAAAGGGAGCGGUGAGGAGUCUACUACUCCAACAACUCCCCUAACGCCGGAAGCUGCCGAGGUGAACUACGACGUGCAGGACAACCUUUGUUUGGAGCUACUUUCGAUGCUCAAGGUUCGAAUGGACCUCGCCUAUGCAGAAAUAAUCAGCCGGAUCGGCGGCAGCCAAGCAUUUUCAGUGCUUACUAAGGCUUCGGAAAACGAUGAGGUGCCGCUCACAUCCACCCCUUUGCCAAGCUGCCCAACGACUCCAGAAGAUUCCUUCUCUACGUUCAAUCCGCCAAAGCUCACGUUCGAUCAAGCAGGCGCUAACGAAGCGUACACCAUCAUUGAAGAAGCGCCCCUGUCGCACCACUACUACACAAGCAAAUUCGAACCGACGGAUCUGCAAAAAUUCCUAAAAACUGUCCAAAAGGAGUACAAGCUGCUGAAGGAAUCUCUACCUCCCGGCGUUUGGGUGAGAUCGUACGGGAACAGGAUCGAUCUGUUAUCCGUGAUGAUCAGAGGACCCGCCAAAACGCCCUACGAAGACGGUCUGUUUCUGUUUGACAUCCAGUUGAGUCCCGAUUACCCUAGAUGCCCGCCGGUGGUGCAUUACAUAAGUUACAGCACGCAACGAUUGAAUCCGAACCUUUACGUCGAAGGAAAGGUUUGCGUUUCGCUGCUCGGCACGUGGAUGGGUCGCGGUACCGAAGUCUGGGGCCCGGACAGCACUCUGUUGCAACUGAUCGUAUCCAUUCAGGGUCUGAUCCUUGUUUCGGAGCCGUAUUACAAUGAAGCCGGCUACGAAAAGCAAACGGACACACAGCAAGGGUACGAAAAUUCGAGGACGUACAAUGAACUGGUCAUAUUGAAAUUGGUCCAGUCUAUGAGCGAAUUGCUUCAAAAUCCGCCAGAUGUGUUCAAACAGGAGAUAUUCGCGCAUUUCACGCAAAACGGAGAGAAACUCUGCGAAAAGCUCGACAUGUACUGCAGGGAAGGUGAACCUUGGCUGCCGGAGUUCCCGCUGCUUCCGGUCAGCAAAGGUCUGAGGUUGUCCCUCGCCACGGCGCUGAAAUCUUUUCAAGAGGUGCUGCACAAAAUUUGUGAUAAGGGUAACGUUGCAAAAGAAACAUGAACCAUUUCACGUUUUGGAAUGUUACUCUCUUAGGUGAUAGUUAAUAUAUUUUCUCUCUCUCUUAUUUGGGUUGCGUUAGGAAUAUGUUACGUACGAAUAUGUGAUGCUUGAUAUCAAAACGAAAAAUUCGAGUAUAAUAACGAUGGUUUUAUUGUAGGAAAAUUGAAAUCAAAGGAUUCGACUAAGCGUAUACUGAAUCAAUUUUAGGCAAUCCCAGGAAAUUGUCAAACAAUAUUUCCUUUAUUGCGAGUAUAUCUUUUUUACAUGAAUAUACAGCGUGUCCUGAAAGUUGGGGCUUUCCUUUUCAGAAGCAGCUACGUUGGAACUAAGCAAAGAUGAUUCGAGGUUAAACAGCACCGAAAUAAUAAAAAGAAAUUGAAGAGUAUUUAUUUGGUAGGGCAUUUCAUGCCACGUUUUGUUUAUAUUUUUUUCCUAAAUGUUCAACAUCCAGACGGCUUUUUGCUAUACAAUCAAACUUAUGCGGUUCUGAUGGAAACAUUGAAGACGACGUUCUAAAUACACUCCAUAGUAUCUUGAAGUCGGUUUAGAGUUAACCAAAAUAAAAUCGGUAAGUGCGCUAUUUCUGUGAGAAUGUGCCAAUUUUGGUUGAAGAUUUAUUAUUAAUUUUCAGUAACUUUACACUAUUUCCUAAUAAAAUUACAAGGCGACGCAUUUUUGGUAUCUACAAAGUGAUUUUUCAAUUUUUUCAUUUUUCAUUCUUAUAUUCGAACAUCAUUAUUCAGUUAAUUGGAUUGAAAUACUCUCUUUUGAACUGUAGAUUUUCUAGUUCUGCUACUAGGUGUAUUAAAAUUUUGCAGAUGAAAAUCUUAACUGUCUCUAGUUUCGUUAUAAUGACUAUUUAAUUUUCUAAAUGUGGUAGUAAUAAAUGAUUUUUCAAUUUGAAUAUGAAAAUGAGAAUUAGAAACCUAAAAAAUUCUUCUCAA